UUGGAAGCUGUUUUUCGGUGAAGAGAAUCUGAUUUUCGGCUCGAAAAAGCGAGUUUCAGUCGAAAAUUUAAGAAUCAUUUCCCUUGGAAUCUUUCCAAACCGUGGUUGUUUAUUUUCCCCGGCUUUAAUCGGUUUAUUCACUCUCAGUUUCUUUGUUCGUCGUGUUAUUUUCGAUUCGAUGCUGUGCCCUGUACAUCAGUGGUGUAAAAGUGCAUUAUUUUAGUGUUUUGAUUUUAUUUUGAUAAAAAUGGACAGUGAGCAAGCAGAAUGCGAUGUAAAGCCGUAUUUCGACGAUAGUGGAUGUGUUCAGGACGGGUCUCCUAAGAAGACAGCCAUGGAGAACGGCUACACCAGACAAGCAAUGUUGUUGGACUUGUCCGAUGAUGUCUUGCUCUGCAUCCUCAAGUUUUGCUCUCCACAUGAUCUGAAGGCUUUGGGAUUCACCUGUUCUCGCCUGGGCUCGCUGGUGCUGGACCGGUCGUUGUGGUGCCACGUGGACGCGCGGGGGGUCGGCUACGGCAAGGAUCGCACGCAGUGGCUCCUCACGCAUGCGCUGCACGAGGGCACUCAGGAACUUCAUCUUAGUGGGUUCGCCAGCCAGGCGAGGGGAUGCCUGGGGUACGUGAACAAGACUCGCAAGCAAGUUGAGGAAGAGAUAUCUCGUCAGACGAGAGACGGGCGCGGCGAUGGUGACAAUAACAACACCAGAGAACGCGCUGACAGCGACCCUACGGAGGAGCCCCAAGAGGGUAGCCCGGAGCCCGCAGAUGCCCCGGAGCCUCCGUACCCGUUGUUCCGACAACACGCGAGGCUCCACAUCAACGCGCAUCAGCUACCUCGUAUGAGCGGGUCUCCGACGUGGCAUGAGGAGUCGGACUCAGAGUGCGGCCCCGCGCCUCCGCCGGCCGGCCCCCCCGGCCCCCCCGGGGCCCCCGCCGCGUGCGCAGGGCCGCACUUCACGGUGACGUCACGCUCGCUGCGGCAGCUGCGCGAGCGCUGUCCACACCUCACCUCCCUCACGCUGCUCGACUGCAACAUCAACUGCAACAAGAUGAGCAUCAGCAACUUCCCGCCUACAUUGAAAAAAUUGUCCCUGCGCGGUACUAAGUGCUACAACUUACCACUGGACAAAUCCUUCCUGUUCAAAAUACACGACUAUCUACCCUUAUUGGAGUACCUGGACUUGUCGGAGUGCUCGUGGCUGGAGCCGGCAGCGUUGCUCCCGCUCAGCAAGAUAUCCACCCUGGACACACUGCUGAUGAAAGACUGCCCCGGUAUGACCGAGUUCGUGGCCUAUGUCUCCCUGGCUACCAGAUACGGCUUCCGGAAACUCCGAGUGCUGGACUUCCGCGGCUCGCCGGUGGCGGACUCGGAGGUGUCAGCGCUGGGCUGGCUGCCGGCGCUGCAGCAGCUGCUGCUGGCGGCGCCCGCGGCCCGGCCCGCGCCGCCCACGCACCAGCACUACCAAGGGGACCCCGCCGCCGCGCGCACUGACACCGACGCCUGGGAACUGCAUGAACCAGACCACUACAAGGGCAGGCAGCGCUCAGCAUCACAGUCACCGGAGUACAUAGACGAUCAUGGCGACCAGGACGUGAUCGAGCUGGUCGCCACGGCUCCGGCCGGCCGGGUUGAGCAGGACGCCAUUGAGCGGGUCGAGCACGACGUGGUCGCCCAGAUGGAGCAGUUACGACAGCGAUUGGAUGAGCCAUCAAACCAUAUUAGCAUUGAGGUCUUCGCCAAUCCUCGUUUCCAAGUGCAAAGGGCCCCUGAUCCGGCACAGCCUCAGGAAUCUCGGGAGUCCGGAGAUGCCACAGAGCCCCCACCAAAACGCAAAGUGGAUAACCCCACCCCAUCUGACGACUCAGAGCCCGGCCCUUCCAAACGCACGAAGCCAGAUGACAGCCCUAAAGAUAAUAAAGAUACCUCCAAUAAACAGAAAGCAAGGAAACACCUCCCCGAUUGUUGCAAUGAUGGACGACUGAGCAUUGAAAUUACCUUCGGUUUUUCUGAAGGCUCGAGCCUCAGCGGAGUCCAAGAUAAGACUAAAAUGAGGAAGACUAUAAGAAUAGAAGAAGGUAGUAAUAAGAAAGAAAGCGAUGAAAAAGAAGAAAAUAAUGAUAAAAAGAAUGAUAGUGAUAACACUGAAAGUGUAAAAGUUGAAGAUGGUAAUAACCAGCAAGAAACUGAUAAAAAAGAUGAAAAGGAACAGAGUGAUAAAAACGAUUGUGAUAAGACUGAAAACGUAAAAGUUGAAGAUGGUAGUAAAAAUGAAGAUAGUAAUAGUGAAAAGUUAAAAGAGCGUAAUGAAAACAGUGAUGGUAUUGAAAAGAUAAAAGCAGAAUCUAGUGUCAAAGAGGAACCUAAAAAAGAAGCGAAAGAAUCUGAUGAUAAAGCCAAGAGUCAUUCCGAUAAAUCAUCCGAUGACAACCAGUCAUCAGACAGUGGAAGGCCUAAGAGCAACAAAUCCAAUUCACCCACAAGGAAAUUCUGCAUUAGACCUAGCACAUCGAAAUAUAACCCCAUGGGAAAUGUAGAUGAACCACCAGCUAAGAAAAUCCGGACAAAGUUCUACGAUGCAAGAGAUAUAGAAGAUAGGACAGCGAAGGACAAUGAGAGAAUGGAAAACAAAGAUACGGAAAAGGAGCGCAGAUCCAAAGAUGAUAAAUCCACCGAUGAUGAUGCCAAUCCUGUUGAAGGACCUUCAGGGGGUGGAGAGGGAGCCGAUAGGGAGGGUAUGGUCCGUAUAGUGCGGAACCAGGACCCUGUAGUCAUACAGUGCCCUGCGGAGCGCAGACAGGACGCGCUUGUCGAAGCGAGACACCACGUCCUAUACGUUAAUUUAGGACAGCAACUCCACGCGGUGUACCGUCUACUACCAAACAGGAUCUUUAGACUGCACAACAAUAGAGAUCAGCGAAGCGCUUCUACAGAACGACUGGACUCCAGUUCCUUGGUAACCGACGCGGCUAUCCGAAGAUUCGGCCGCGCUGAUGGCGAGGAUGUCAACGUAGUUCACAUUGGACCGAACGGACCACAAGUUGGGGGGCGCGACACAAGUGGGAGGCCUAACAGGUCGAAUUUGAGGGUUCUGUCAGUAACAGGAUACAGAAGCAUCACGAACAGGAGUUUGGUACACCUGGUCACAGCGGCGCCGGAAUUACGCAUGCUGGAUUUUAGCAAUUCCGGAGUGACUGCAGAUGGAGUUGAGAAUUUCAGAAGCCUACGGCCUGACUGCGAAGUCGUAUUCAGCACUUAUAAAGAAGAUGAUGAUGAAGUAAAUAUUAUGAAUUAGUGUUAUUAUUAUAAAUGAUGUUCACCGGUUUUUCUCGAGCGGGAAUCGCCGGCUCGAUCUUUAUCUCAAGUGCAGUUUUCACUAGUACAGCUGGCUCGAACAUUAUAGACGGCGAUACGGCUCUAACAGAAAACUCGGUGAGGUGUGAGUGCCUAGUUCAUCCUGAUUUACCUCCGAAUUACGGUAGUCAGAAGUACAUCCAUCGCAAGAUGAACUAAGUACCCACACACAUCCACACAUACCCAUUCGAUCGUUCCAAAAAAUGUUCGUUGAGUUUAUGUAUAAAGUUAUAGCGCAGGCGUAUUACGAAAAUUUACUAAUAGCUCACUUCACAUAUAUAUAAAUGGGAACGAUCUUCGAAAGAAAAAUGGAAAUUAUAUUCUCGCCCAAAAACGCAUUUAUGCCCCAAAAAUGAAAAAUACGGAAUGUUUAAAGAUUAUAUUUUACAAUAACUAUUAAUAUAUACGCGCACAUAUAAAAAAAAUAUACUACACAAAUUAGCAUUGGCAACUAUUUUAACAAAAUAUAAGUGUUUAGAAGCUUUUUAGUCUUAGGCUUCGAUCGUACAGAGUAUAAAUGACAUCGUAACGAAAAUGAUUCCGAGUUGAUAUAAACCAGAAUUUUCCGCCACAAAAGUAUGGAACAGAAAAUAAUUUUAAAAAAUCACUUAAAUUUUCAUGAUUUUUCCGAGAGGAAAUUCCACUUGUUAUCAAUUCGGAAUCAUAGUCUGAAUCAUCCCUUCAGUAUUCGUUACGGUGUCACUAACACCCAUAUCUACUUGUAUGGCUACCUGUACGUACUUGUACGGGGUGUAAGUGACAUCGUAACGAAUACUGAGGGGGAUGAUUCAGCUCAUUAUUCUGAGUUAAUAUCAAGUGGACUUUUCCAUCGCAAAAAUAUAAUUAUAUAGAAUAUUUCAUUCAAAUCAUUUUCAAUUCCAUAACUGUAUAUUUUAUAGAAUUGAAUAGGAUUUUUUAAAUUAUUUUCAGUUCUAAAACUUUUGCUAAGGAAUUUAAUUUAAAAAAGUUCCGUCGGCAGUACAGUCAUGAGCAAUAUAAUGUACCCACUUUAGGACUCUGUCGCCCUAACAUAUAUUUGACAUUUAGUGAGACUUACAGUUCAAUUUGUCAAAAAAGUUAAAGUGACAUGGUACCAAAGUGUAUACAUAUUAAUGCUCGUGACCGUACAUAUACUAAAAUUGGAACGAUACAGAGAAGAUUAGCAUGGUCCCUGCGCAAGGGUGACACGCAAAAUCUUGAAGCGUUCCACAUUUUUUUAGGGUAUUAUACGGGUAUAUUGUAAUUUGAUUACCGGGUGAGAGCUUUCAGCGCUCCCCAUUUGUCCGACCAAGUAGUUAAUGCCAUCUGCGGCAAAUCUACAAUAAGUCACGUCAAAAAAAUAUGUAAUUUGAUUAGAUAUUAUUUGUAAUUUGACGAAAUGUUAUUUUCAUUGCUGUUUUCUUUGAAUGUUGUAAGCGUUGUCAGAACAAAUAACAAAUAAGGACUUCACAUUUUGAAAAAAAAAAUAACAUAAACUGAUCGAAUUUUGCGACAGAAAAUUCCACUUGAAUUUAACUCUGAAUCUGAAAAAUGAGCUGAAUCAUCCCCCUCAGUAUUCGGCACGGUGUCACAAUACGAUCGAAGGAGCUAGGACCCUGUUUUAUCAAUUAUUGAUAGUGUCUUCACAGUCUUUUUUGGGUUGAUAAGUGUCUAAGUGUAGUACUAUCCCUACAGACACUAGGCAGAUAAGCUCGAAGGCUAACAGCCAGUUACAUAUAUAACAUAAACAGCACAUAUUCGUGUAUGUUACCAGCUAGUUGUCAUUCAUAAUGGUGCUCCCACACUUGCCGUUAGAAAAUGUUUGUAAACAUUUUAUAACACCAAAACAUUUACUAACAAAUGUUAACAAUUGUUGCAUUUUGUUAGAAACUGUUACAUGUUAAAUUGAUGGGAAAUGUUUAAACAUUUUAUAACAUCUAGUAUUGGCUCGCAGUUUGGUUUCACCUUUCGUUUUUGUUUUGUUAUAAAAUGUUUACUAACAUUACUAAACAUUUUCUAACGGCAGUGUGGGAGCACCAUUACUUAAACUGUAAAUAACUUUUAAAUACUAAGUUUUAUCAAAAAAGCCGUUACGGCCAUAAAUGUGUAGAGAUAUUUUCGGAAUUAAUAAAUUUAUAAAUGUAUUUUACGGGUAAUUAUAUUUACCAACAUAAUUAUAUUUAUUCAAUGAUCUCGGUGUUAAAACUUUUAAUAAUAGGAAAGUUAAACACUUUUUUUUAAUAUAGGCAGCGGUAGGUAUAGAAUAAACGGGUGGAUUUCUGACACCGAAAGUACACGUCAAUUCGGUGGCGUAAUAGGGUAGAAAAAAAGUUUAGAAGAAGAGAACAGUUUUUACAAAUCGUCAGAACGAAUCAUUCAUUAUGUUUGUAUGAGAAUACAAAAUGAUGACGCCAUUAAUAUGGCAUCAGUAUUUAUUGAAAUGUGGUAAAUCGUAGUCUCCUUAGUCUCCUAGUACAGUCAUGAGCAAUAUAAUGUACCCACUUUAGGACUCUGUCGCACUAACAUAUUUGACAUUUAGUGAGACUUACAGUUCCAUUUGUCGAAAAAGUUAAUGUGACAUGGUACCAAAGUGUACAUAUUAAUGCUCGUGACCGUACCCUAUUAUUUAUGAACGGUGAAACUACAGUUAUCGAUAUUUUUUGUAGAUAGAAUCGUAUUAUCUGUGAGACCCAUAUUUGUAGAAAACACUACGAAAUACAUGCGAAUAUACGCCACCGAAAUGACACUUUGGUAUCUUUGGUGGGCCACCGAAAUGACACGGUAGUAGCAUAGGAGCGCCAGCGAAAUGACACUGUUAUCUUUGGCGGACCACCGAAAUGACACGUUAGUAGCAUCAGGACGCCACCGAAAUGACACAUUAGUACCUUCGCUGGCUUAAAUUCGCCUAAACGCAUAGAUGAUGUAUUCAAUUUGUUUAAAUUUAAAACUAUUGUUUUACUGUUAUAACAAAUAAAACGGACAACCAACUCUAAUGAGAAGUUCAAAUGGUACAGAUUCCAACAGACACUCGCAUACUUACUAUCGUUAAAAUAUAGUACUUAUGAUACAUUUUAUUAGAAAAAGACGUCAUAGAAAAACGUGAUGCGGUUUCAAGUCCCGAGCCAGAUUUUUUCGAUUUAAUUUUCUUUUUAUGAGUUUACCUAAGCAUUGGUGAGAGCAAAAAAAAAUGUAAUCAAAGGUGUCACCUUUGCAAUAAGUAGAAAUCCACAUGUAACUGUAAUUAUCGGUCUAAGUAAUAUCAGUACUAAAUAUUCUAGAUACAUGGCGCUGGCGUCGGCUUAAUAACGAUACAUUUACCUGUUUAAAUCUUUUUAAAAUGUUUACGGCCAGGGUGACUAUUUCGGCGCCCGGUUUGGUCGCACCGCUCGCACCGCCCCAGGGCCACCUCUGAUACUACGCUAAUAAGUAAAUUAAAUCUGAUACCAAGAUCGUCAGGACUCGCGAAAUUACGCACUACCUUGAUCCAUUAUCAUGUUUAACAUUUCAUAACAACGACGUUUGAGUGGGUGAACUUAAAUAAAAAUCGUGGUGUCUUGUGGAAUCAGUACCAAUGUCCUAUACAGUGAUGUGGCGUUCCUGAGAAUGUUCCCACUUUGGGAACUUUCCCGGCAGUAAAAAGGCGCUAAACUUACGUAAAGAGACCUUUAUCUCUCCUUACCUGCCUAAAGGUUAGGUAUAGAUGAGACCAGAGUCCAAGAAAGUACAUUUUGAAAAAGAAAACCAGCCAGUGUAUUAAAAAGUUUUUACAACCGGAAUAUUUCUCACUUUCGGAACGUUCCUGUGAACAGCGCAUCGCUGGUCGUGUACAGUCAUGAGCAAUAUAAUGUACCCACUUUAGGACUCUGUUGCACUAACAUAUUUGACAUUUAGUGAGACUUACAGUUGAAUUUGUCAAAAAAGUUAAUGUGACAUGGUACCAAAGUGUAUACAUAUUAAUGCUCGUGACCGUACUCCGUUGAAUAUAGCUAUUAUCUAUGUCAGUUUAUAAUGUGCUGAUUAUACAGGAUGUUAGUGACAUUGUAACGAAAACUUUGAGGGAUGAUUGAGAGUUGAUAUCAAGUGAAAUUUCCUGUCGGAAAAUUCAUGAAAGUUUUAGUGUUUUUUUAAUUAAUAUCAGUCCCAUUCGGCCAGCUAUUUUAAAAGCUGCCACAGAAACGCUGUUUGAAUCAUCUAAUAAAGAUGUUAAGGCUGAGAUGAUCAGUCCCAUACUUUUGCGACGGAAAAUUCCACUUGAUAUCAACUUAGAAUAACGGUCUGAGUCAUCCCUCAUUUUUCGUUACGGUGUCACUUACACUCUGUAUUAUAAAUAGAUUAAAUUAAUUGGGUGGUUCUUCGAACGCGGCAAGUCACCAUUACCGGGUGUUGGGACCCUCACAACAGAUGGCGUAAGUGUAACGGUGAUCGAAAUUAUUAUUUUUGUCAUAGAUGAACGAAACUAAAUUAGCUCUACACUUUUUUGCCACUACUUGAAGGCCUAGAGAACCUACAAACAAUAAGAAAAUAUUAUAAAUACUUCCUAUUUGCUUCAGGUUUACUCUCUGAAGUUAUGUCUUCUUUUUGUUAUAAAUAAUCCUUUACAAAACUUUUUUAUACGUACGGUCACGAGUACUAAUAUAUGUAUACACUUUGAAACCGUGUCACAUUAACUUUUUUGACAAAUUAAACCGUCAGUCUCAUUAAAUGUCAAAUAUGAUAGUGCGACAGGGUUCUAAAGUGGGUACAUGAUAUUGCUCAUGACUGUAGUAUAUAAUAAUAAGUAAUAAAAAUAACAUUUAAGAAGGAACAAUAAUAUCGGACCCAGAGAAAACCUGAACACCUGAACCUGAAGAAAAUAGGAAGGAUUUAUAAUAUGUUUUAUUGUUUGUAUGUUCUCUAGCCCUUCAAGUAGUGGCGAAAAGGUGUAGAGCUCAUUUAGCUUAGUUUGUCUAUGAUAAGGGCUUUUGGCGGGAAACGGGAACGGGAUAGUUGCUUUCUUCAUUGAAUAAUCUAAAUAAUUAAUACGAAGUGGUGUUUUGUGGUUAAUGAUCGCAUUAAGUUAGUCGGAAGACAUUCGCGAGUGUUAUUAUGUCGGAGUAUUCAAUAAACAAAGUGUAUCUGCCUAUUUUCGCUUCGUGCCAAGAAGCCGCUUCAUAACUGGAAAGUCUAUGCGGACUUUUGAGUUCAUUCGUUUGGGGUUCGGAGUAGGAGUCUACUCCGAGGGUGGGGGCUUAGGUUUCAUCAUCAUCACCUUUCA